AUGACGGGUCAUAUUGCAACAAUUCCUCUUAAUGAGCCAAGAACUGUUACUGCGGAUUGGUAUACCAUCAUUUGUUUGCCAAAAGUCAUCACCGAGCUUAGAAAAAUCAACCCCGAAAGAAAAAUUAUCCUCCACCAAGACAAUGCAAGAUCGCACACAGCCCAAAAAACAAGGCAGUAUUUAACGGAAGAUAACUUGGAAUUAUUGGACCAUCCUCCGUAUAUUCCCGAUCUAAGUCCUAACGAUUUCUUUACUUUCCCGAAAAUUAAAAACAGACUGCGUGGUCAAAGGUUCCAGUCACCAGAAGAAGCAGUUGACGCAUUCAAAAAUGCCUGGUGCAGACAACGGUCACUCUGGGAUCAGGAAUGGAACAGUAUUGUCUUUAGUGACGAGUCUCGAUUUUGUUUAGGCAUGCACGAUGGUCGUGCCAGGGUUAGAGGGCGACGUGGUGAAAGGGGGAAUCCACAGUUUUUCGUUGAAAGACAUGUUCAUCACACUGUUGGAGUUAUGGUUUGGGGUGCUAUAGCUUAUGGUUCCAGGUCACCUUUAAUCUUCAUCAGAGGUAACAUGAACGCGCAGCAUAAUGCCCGACCACAUGUUGCAAGAGUCACAAUAGACUUCUUUCAACAUAAUGAUCACGUGUGGGAUAUGGUGGGUAGGAGAUUGCUCAAUUUGCAACGUCCUCCUCAGACUCUAGAAGCACUUCGAGAGGAGUUGGUGGUUGCCUGGAAUGAGAUACCACAGGAGGACAUUGACCACCUGAUCAGAAGCAUGCCUAGGCGCGUUGGAGAAUGCGUAGCACAUCAGGGUGCAUCCACACAUUAUUAA